AUGGCUUCCCCUCCACCAACUGCGGACAUCCGCGCAGACAUCCGCAUGCUGGAGCGGUCCCUCAACACGCUGCUCAACAAGCAGCUCCAGCAGAUCUGCGCAACCAACGGGCUUGCGACAAGCGGCGUCAAGGCCAGUCUGCAGAAUCGCAUCAAGAAUGCUUUGCACGAGAGCUGUGGCAAAGAUCCAGCCACGUACCAGCACAUUCGCAGCUCAAUCUUGGCUGUCUGUAAGGGAACCAUUGCAACACCACAGGCCCUACCGCAAAGCUCUGCAACGACUUCAUACAGCGCCCAGUCUAGAGGAUCUGCUGCGCCUGGCUAUCCAUAUCACGGCCAGAAUUCCGUCUACCAGCAGCAGAACGGCUAUAGCACAAACGGCCUCUCUAAUCACCACUCUUCGACCAUGUUCCGGCCGCCUUCGCCGAAUGACAUCGAGUACAAGCCCAGUCCGUUUUAUUCACGGCAGGAGCGAAUUGGCAAUGUGAAGACGUGCGAGGCUAUGAGCCAGCACCGAAACUCUGUGCAGCUCCACGUCAGAGUCAGCGACAUGCUGGCGCUGCAGAAGUGUGUCGACGACAAAAGCUACAGAGUCAUGGUUUUCUGCGCUGGCGAUCUCCAAGGGGCUCAGGACAUUUCUUUUCCCCACCAAUCUGAGAUCAAGGUGAAUGGGGGUGACAUCAAGGCAAAUACCCGUGGUCUCAAAGGGAAGCCUGGCUCGACUAGACCUGUGGAUAUCACAGAUGCGCUGCGGCUCAAGCAGUACAAUUAUGCCAACACCGUCGACUUCACGUAUGCCCUCACAUCAAAGAAAUUUUACGUGGGACUUUACAUUUGCAAGACGACACCGAUCUCGGAUCUUGUCGCAGCUAUUAAGAAUAGGAAGAUCCGCAAGGAGACGGUAAUCAGAGAGAUCUCUGACAAGGCAAAUGAUCCUGAUGUCGGAGUCACGCAUCUGAACCUGUCCUUGAAGUGCCCUCUCAGCUAUACAAGAUUGCGAACGCCUUGCAGAGGAACGCAGUGCAAACACAUCACAUGCUUUGAUGCCACAUCAUAUCUUCAGCUACAAGAACAAGGACCACAAUGGCUCUGUCCACUUUGCAACGGGCCAGCGCCAUACACAUCACUGGCGGUGGACGAAUACGCCAAGGAGAUCCUCGAGCAGACAUCCGAGUCCGAGGAGCAAGUCACGAUAGAACCGGACGGCUCGUGGAGACCACAGAGCUCUGACAAGGGCACACGCUACAACGGGCACAAUGACCAAUCCGCCAAGCUCGAAGACGAUGACGACUUGUUGAUCAUAUCGAAUGCCCCGUCAUACAAUCCAUUUGUCGACUCAACGUUUGGGACGCCGAUGCGGCAAUUUGCGACUGAAGUCAGCACGCCCAAUGGUGGCGCUCGUGAGCCGCCCGUGCCUCCGCGCUCUGGAGGCGGGACCAAGCGAACAGCGGAGGUUAUUGACCUCACGCUCAGCAGCGACGACGAAGAGCCAGUCAUGCGACCAGCGAAGCGGCAAAACCUCGGCACUGAGCAACACAUGUCAACUCUGCCGUUUCCCAAUAAUUAUUCAGUCUAA